GUGAGAUCUUCAUCUUCUCUAUUGAGCUUUCUUCUGGUUCAGUCACUUCAAUAGAUUCACAUGAUUUUGAGAAAGCAAAGUAUAUAAAGCAAGAAUCGAAGACCGAGCGAGAGUAGAAGAAGAAGAAGAGCAAUAAAGAAACCAUGGGAGGUGGUUAUGUGUUGGGUUCGGCCAGAUCGGGACAGACGAUAAUGGUGGCUCUGGUUCUAAUGGUUGGAUCAUUUUACGCAGGCUCUAUCUUCGGAAACAAUUCUCCUAUUUACAUUUCCCAACCUUCUUCUUCUUCCAAUUCUUCUUCUUCUUCUCCAUCACAAUCUGGUCCAUCAAAUUUUGCUAACAAAAUAGAGCUUACUUACCGGAGAACUUCUGUUUCGAUCCCUGCGAGUGGGGUGAAUGUUUGUCCAUUGAAGUUCAAUGAGUAUAAUCCUUGUCACAAUGUCACUUAUGUGCAACAGCUUCUCCCAAGCCUGAAUCUUUCUAGAAGAGAAGAGCUUGAGAGACACUGUCCGCCACUUGAACAGCGUUUGUUUUGUUUGGUGCCUCCGCCAAAAGAUUAUAAGAUACCAAUACGCUGGCCAACUAGCAGAGAUUAUGUAUGGAGAAGCAAUGUGAAUCAUACGCAUCUUGCUGAAGUGAAAGGCGGCCAGAAUUGGGUGCAUGAACAAGGUCAAUUAUGGUGGUUCCCUGGUGGCGGUACUCAUUUCAAACACGGAGCUCCAGAAUACAUCCAGAGGUUAGGAAACAUGACAACUAAUGAAACAGGUGACCUUCGUUCAGCUGGGGUUGAACAAGUUCUUGAUGUUGGAUGUGGAGUUGCUAGCUUUGCAGCUUAUCUUCUUCCUUUAGGUAUAAAGACAAUGUCUUUUGCCCCUAAAGAUGGUCAUGAAAACCAAAUCCAGUUUGCGUUGGAGAGAGGAAUCAGCGCAAUGAUCUCUGCCAUAGCCACCAAACAAAUGCCAUAUCCUGCGGCCUCGUUUGAUAUGGUUCACUGCUCAAGAUGUCGUGUUGAUUGGCAUGAAAAUGAUGGUAUCUUGAUUAAAGAGGUUAAUCGUCUUCUCCGACCCAAUGGAUACUUUGUUUAUUCAGCACCACCUGCGUACAGAAAGGAUAAAGAUUUCCCCAUGAUUUGGGAUAAGUUGGUCAAUCUAACUACCGCAAUGUGCUGGAAGCUCAUUUCCCGAAAGGUACAGACUGCAAUAUGGGUUAAAGAAGAUGACGAGGCUUGCCUUAGGAAGAAUUCAGAGCUAGAGCUUAUAACUAUAUGUGAUGUAGAAGAUGUUUCGAAAACUUCAUGGAAAGUUCCUCUUAGAGACUGUGUGGACAUUAUUGAAAAUAUACAAAAGAAACCCUCUUCUUUAACUGAACGUCUAUCGUCAUAUCCAACAAGUCUAACAGAAAAAGGCAUCAGCGAAGAUGAAUUUACAUUGGACACAAACUUCUGGACAGAACAAGUGAAUCAGUACUGGGAGUUAAUGAAUGUUAAUAAGACCGAAGUGCGAAAUGUGAUGGACACAAAUGCAUUCAUUGGUGGAUUUGCCGCAGCCAUGAACUCAUAUCCCGUUUGGGUCAUGAACGUUGUACCUGCUACGAUGAACGAUACCUUAUCCGGAAUUUAUCAGAGGGGCUUAACUGGUGCUUAUCAUGAUUGGUCUGAGCCGUUCUCAACGUAUCCCCGUACUUACGAUCUUCUACAUGCGGACCAUCUCUUCGCUCACUAUAAAAUCCACAGUAAAGGUUGUUUACUAGAGGACAUCAUGCUUGAGAUGGACCGCAUUAUACGCCCUCAGGGAUUCAUCAUUAUCAGAGACGAGGAAUCAAUCAUCUCAAGAGUCCGAGACUUGGCUCCUAAGUUCCUUUGGGAAGUUGAAACACAUGAGCUUCAAGACAAAUACAAGAAGACAGAAACUGUUCUAUUUUGCAGAAAGAUAUUUUGGGCAAUCGUUUGAAAAUCUACUUGUGUAGAAAUUCUUUUUUACUUGUCUUGGUUAUUAAGAGAAAGAAAUUACAGAUUACUUUUGUAAUGUUUGUUCAUUGAUUAACCGUAAUAGAUGUCUCCUAGUCCUUGUACA